AUGACUUCUACUUCUGACUCCGUUCUUCCACAGUGGAGAGUAGAUAACAAAUCUACACAUAAUCCUUACCAGACCUUCGAGUUACCCGACACGACCUCUUUGGCGUCAUGCACAGAGAAGAGGGAAGAGACCUCGGGAGGGUGGAAGAAGCGAUACGUCUUGAGAGCUUAUGAUGAGAAAUCUCGAAAUCAAUAUACAUGGGAAGGAUUUGAGGAGGAUUUCAAACGUUUUCUUACUCAAGAAGAUACUAGUGAGAAAAGCAAGAAUUUAAUGACAAGUGCAGCAGAAGACUUGAACCUCUUUGGGGAUAAGCAGAUCUCGAAGAAAGAGUCAUUCGUAACCUCAAAUAACAAGAAUGUUACUUGGUGGAGGGAGAGUAAAGAGGGGUGUGACGAAAAGACAAGAUACCGCUUCGAAGUCGUUGAUCUGAAAGGGAGGAAACGUACUGAGAGUCUGAGUAUGGCUAGAUUGGAAGAUAAAGCCAAAUACUCUAUUGUUGCGUCAACGAUCUUAGCCAAAGUAAAGGGUGUAGAAGCUUCGAUGGCUCCGGAAGGCAAGAGCUCCAAAAGUGAACAACAUGGUGGUGAAUGGAAGUUGGUCUUGGAUGAUAUCACAAGAAAGUCGGGUGGGACCACUUCAGUCGACAGAGGCGAUACCACCGGACCCGCCUUGUCUAGUUCGACAGCGAGUGGUGCAUGA